AUGCGGAGCGUAAUUUAUACUGCAUAUUCGAUUUUCCUUGUUUGCACAUUGUUGUUUACGGCGAAUGCAUUAUCUCUCAGACGUUAUCGUCGUCAAACAAAUAAACAUAAAAAAGAUGGUCUACCCUAUGAAGGUUGGUCGGGAGGAUCAAAUAAUCCAAGUGGUGCCAGUCCGGGUGCCUACUACGGUACUGGAAUCAAUCCAAAUUAUGGCGGAAUUAAACCACAUACAAAUAAUGUUGAAGGUGGAAUCAGCGUCAUAGGUUACACUCAUGAGUUCACUCAUAACGGUGGUAACAAAUUACAUUGGAACCAGCAUCAAAAUUAUCAAUACAACAAUAAUUAUAAUAAUCAAUGGCAAAGACCAAAUAUGUACAACUACUAUAAUCGACCUUACAAUCGCUAUGCACCAGGGAGCCAAGGGUGGUAUGCAAGUGGUGGGAAUUAUUGGCAUAAUAAAGGUCGAUAUCUGAUUCCUCAUACUUGGAUACUGAUAGUCAGUUCUAUAAUCUCUGCAUCUUAUAUAUUGUAA